AUGCCAGAAGAACUUAAUAAACAUCCUAACGGUUUCGUCAUUCCCCAACUCACCAAAAAUGAUAGAAGAGUGUUUGCAGUGUUGUUCAAUAAGGAGGCUGCCGGAAUUUCUGCUAGGAAAUUCAAAGAGCGGACCAAAGAUAUGAACUUCUUACCAAAAUUCAUGGAGCUCAACACCGUUGGUAACAUCAUCGUUGAUCUCACUAAAACUCCAAAUCGUUACAUUACUGAUGAAGAUCGGGUACAAGACUUUUAUGACCUUGAAGCUAAAGUGAUCAUUUUGGCCGAGAAAGAUGCUUUUAACAAACCUCAUGAUAUUGAGGCAAUGAAGCUCGAUGAACACGAUAUUGAUGCUUACGGUUACCAUUUUCUUCCAGAUAUUUCUGUGAUUAACGAAUGCCAAAAUAUUGUCGAUAAUGAAAUAUUCGGUUCGUAUGAAGACGCUAAAGUCUUUGGGGGGUUUUAUGUUUUGGAUGCUGUAGUUAAAAGGCUUUCAUUGCAAUAUAAAAUCGCGAUGAUCAAGAAGCAGUCAACUAAUCAAACUAACUACGAGGAAUUACUUCAGAAACACAGCAUCAGAGAAAAAGAGGUGGAAAUUUUUGACUUAUUGCACAAAGCUGUUGAUUUAUCAUUACCAGAACCUGUUUUUAAGGAGAAGGAUUCUCCUGAUGCAUUUCCAGAAUAUACGGUUUCAAGAAAAGAGGCCUCGGUUUUGCAAAGCGCUUACUCUCAAUUUGCAUCGAUGUUGAUCAUUAAGGCUGCAAGAUUAGAGACUUCAAUGAAGAAUGAAACUUCAGAGAAAAAUAAAGAAGAGCUCAGAGCCAUCAUGAACUUCUUCGAAGCAGAAGCUAGCCAUUAUAUGUACAUUUCAGGGGCAUUUGGUGAUGAGAUAGCAAAAGAAUUAUCCACCAAGAUUAACCCUUACGCGAAACUUUGCGGUAACGUGGUGAUGCAAACCAUGGUGAGUCAAUUUUACGGGCCUAAUUUCUAA